AGAGGAUGCAGCCGGGCUAUCCCGUGGCCGCUGCUUCUCUGGCCGGCCUGGAUCCCGUCAUCGGAGUGCCACGAGCAGCCUGCCAGCCAGGCCUGGGGACGGGGCUCUACUCUGGCAUGGAGCCCUUCCAGGGUUCCCGGGGGCAAGGGAGCGAGGGCACCAAGCCCCCCUACAGCUACAUCGCGCUCAUCACCAUGGCCAUCCAGAGCGCGCCCGAGAUGAGGAUCACGCUGAGCGGCAUCUACCGGUACAUCACGGCCCGCUUCGCCUACUACCGGGACAACAAGCAGGGCUGGCAGAACAGCAUCCGCCACAACCUGUCGCUCAACGAGUGCUUCGUCAAGGUGCCCCGCGACGACAAGAAGCCGGGCAAGGGGAACUACUGGACCCUCGACCCGGAGUGCUACAACAUGUUCGAGAACGGCAGCUUCCUGCGGCGCCGGAGGCGCUUCACCCGCAAGAGGGGCCCAGCGCGGCCUGGGGACGGCGAGAAGGUGCUGCCCGGGUGCCAGCCGGAGCCAACCGGGCUGACUCUCCCCACUAAGGCGAUCAAGGUGGAGAGCGGUCAGCUUUCCCCGUCUGCCGCCGGCCAGCUUCGCGGCUCCUGCGCGGAGAUGCCAAGCCCUGGGAGGCCCCCGUCGUUGGAGGUGCCCGCUGCGGGCUUCUCUUGCCAAGAACAGCCGGGCCUUGGAAGCCUGGCAUGCGCCAAGCCAUGCGUGCCGAGAUCUAGGCAGCUCUGCCUGUACCCGCAGGAUCCACUGGGGUCCAAGUCUCGCCUCUUGGGGAAAGACCCCAGCUAUUCUUCCUUGAUGGAGAGAUCUCAAGGGAAGGACGCCCCUCUUGGGGACAUGCCGACUCACCGGCUCGGGCCAGGCACUCUCCUCGGCGAGAGGACGGCCCAGCGGCUCGCCCAGCCACACGCCGAUGCCAAGGAGAGCCUCCCGAGCAACGCUAAGAUGAUCCGCGCGUCUCCCAAGACGGGGCAGGAAGGCAAGGAGGUGUCGCAGGCCUCGUGCCAGUCGAGUCCGUCUUUUGCGGCUCUGCUUGGGCCCGGCAAGGCCGCCCAGGGGUGCAGCGGGCAGCCUCCCCCCGGCUGCCUCCCUGCCUUCGACGGCGAGAGCUACGCCAAGCCGUCGGUGCUGCCGGUUUUCGGUUCGUUGGGGUAUCCCAGCCCGGAGGCUCUGAGCGGGAACUACCAGUGCCGCCUGCAGGCCUUGAACUUCCGCGUCAACGACCACGGGUGCGGCGCGGCCCUGGAGCACCUCUUGGCGGCUCCGGCGGCCCCCGUCUCGGCGGCCCCCAUGCAGCCGACCCCCUUCGUGCAGCUCCAAGGGGAGCAAGACUCCUGGGCGGGGACCCCUUUCUCCCUCCAAGGAGGGAACGGCUACCCGAUGGGGCUCUCCCACUGUCUCUACAGGACACCCGGCAUGCUGUUCUUUGAGUGACCCGGGGUGUGAGACCUGUGUUCCGAUUCUGCUCUCACCAGCGCCCUCUAGAGGAUGGGCCCUUGCGCACCCGGACACCCCACAUAAGUUAUUGACGGCUGCCCGGCAGAGCCGAGAAGGACUGCAAGGGACAGAGACUGCUCCGUCGCGGCCUGAGCAAAAAC